AUGUCUAUUUCCACCACCUCCUUCUUCUUCCUCACAUCCCCACCACUACCUCCUCUCUCCACAUUCACACAACCCUCCUUCUUCCCUACUUCAAAACUCAAACCUCUCUCCCUCCAAACCACCUCCCGCCGCAACCCAUUCUUAACCCGCGCCGACGUCGUCGAAGUCGACUCCUCCGGCCCCGACGACUACGAAAUAGACGACGAAGAAAUGGAUGAAGUCGACAACAAGAAGGAUUUCGACAUCGAGUACGAGAAGCUGGCUGCCGGCGACGGUGACAUUGCGGCAGCGCAGAGCACGAGCUUCGUGUCUACGCAGGGUUGGGAUCCUGAUACACUUGUUGAUUACAGAAUCAUCGAAGAUGAGUUUCAUAAGAUUAGUUUGUUGCAUUGUGAUUUCUUCAUUAGGAAACCCCCUGACCCUGAUAAUGAUGUUUAUGAUUUCAGAGAGAUGUAUGUUACUCCUCCAGAUACAGAUGUUUAUUCAAUCCCCAAGGUUCUUGCACCAAUGCCUCAGAAGUACAUUAGAUGUGCUCAAAGUGAUUUUGGAUGCGACAAUGUUACAGAACCACCUGUUGAUGCACGUCGAGAUCCUCUUUAUAAAUAUGAGAGGGAAAUCGAAAAGGUAUUCUUGACAAAACACUACAAAAAUCGGAGGCUGGGAGACCCUGAGUUUGUCCUAGAUUUUGAGGAGAUUUAUGUUAUUGAUUCCAAGACUAAGUCAAUAACCAGAGCCAAUGUUCUGGUAACAGCUCCAGGAGGGAGAACUAGAGAUAGAAAGAGCGACUUGCUUGUCAUAGCUGAUAAGGGAAACUCCUUCAAAAUAAUACACAUGAGUGAAAAAGAUGAUCCAACCACUGUCAUAGAAAGACGAGAGUGGAUCCAAACCAGAGAAGAAAUGGAGAGACAUCUUAGAAAGUUAAGAGACUUCAGCACCUCAAAUUGGUUUUGA